AUGUAUCGAAUCAGUGAAAUGAGCACCAACCCUCAGAGUGGCAGUGCAUCUAGUUCCUCCAGCGGCGACAUUCGCAGAAUGAAUCGCAGUCAGUUGCCUCCCCUGUUUGUGUAUAUGGAAACGGGCGACUGGGCACGAGCGAUGGAACGUGCAAAGAAACAUCCCCGAGAAGUCAAGACGUGGGCAUCCAUUCGUUCCAAAUCGUCGAGCAAUGAUAGAAUAUCUGGAGCCAAACGCUUAGCGCUGCAUCAUGCUUGUUUCAAAUUGCGAAGUUCGGUAUCCUCAGGAUCCUUUGGCAGUACUUCUUCUACGUAUGAUUCUACUACCGAUGCCUUUAUUGAGGUUUGCAAUCUGAUUCUAUUGCUCAUCGAGUUGUAUCCAGACGCGGCAGGCAUGAGAGAAUCACGACAUGGUUGUUUGCCUCUGCACUUGGCGGCCUUUGCUUCCUGUACCUUGAAUAGCACUCCUUCCAAAGAUGAUGAAAGCGUCAAGAGCGAACCAUCGACCUUUUCCUUGUCGACGCUCGGCAACUCGCUGCCUGUCUUUAAUAAGUUGGGUCGGCCAUCCGCUAUUCGAAAUAACAAUCGAUCGCAGUCGGAAGCCACCACCAUGACGGCGGGAUUCCUUGAGGAAAGGUUUACAGGCAAUCAAACGGAUCAAAAGCAAGCGGGUUUGUCCCCCAAGGAAUCCAAUUCGACCUCGGUGUCCAUGGGGCCCAACUUUUUGAUUUCCGAAAAGCGAGAAGAGGCAGCCGUCAAGGUCUUGAAUGCCUUGUUGGAUGCUUAUCCACGAGGCAGUCGCAUGGAUUCCGAAGGUGGAAGAUUACCCCUCCAUACGGCUUGUGCAGGACGCGCGACACCCUUGGUCGUGGCCACCUUGAUCCGCGCCAAUCCAUCGGCAGCGCGUCAUCGCAAUAAGGAUGGAUUCUUGCCAUUGCAUCUAUCCGCGCACUGGGGAAUUUCACAUCCCAAUGUGGCAACUUCUCUACUAAAGGCGUACCCGGAUGCUACCUUUGGUCGAAACCGAUGGGAACGCACUCCAUUGGAAGAAGCACUCUGCAUGGCGGGAGAAAACGGAAGACCACAUCAAGCAUCUUUGGUGCGGGCGCUCCGAAAACAUCCUUCCUAUUGGACUCGACCUGCAGAAUUCAUUAAAGAAGAACGCAAGAAGGGACGACAAAUUGUGGACAUUGAUGACAUGGAUGAUGAAACAUGCAUGACAGAAGACUAUGUGGUGAUGCAAUCCAACAGCCGCGGCAGUCCCGAAGUCAAGAACAACUCUCAACGACAAAAUGCCGACUUGCACAGCUUGAUGCGUGAUCAAGAAUGGGAGUUGGUCAUGUCCAAGCUAGAAACUAGUCCUCUGGAUGCGGAAGAAGAACUCAAGGUCACGACUCGGGGUGGGUUUACAUCCACCUAUGGCUUUACGCCCCUCCAUUAUGCAUGUGAACGACAUCCGCCCCAAGAGGUGGUGGAAGCACUGAUUGCUGCUUGUCCUUCGGCAGUGGCCAAACGUACCAUGCCGGGAGGAGCAUUGCCAUUGCAUAUUGCUUGCACGUGGCAUGCCUCGGUGGAAGUGAUUGGUUCCUUGUUGAAUGCGGACAAGUCUACUUGCAAGGUCCAAGACGAAUUGGGCAAUUUGCCAUUGCAUUCGGCAGCCUUUUCGGGCAUUUCCACGCCCGUGGUGGAACGCCUAUUGAGAACCUAUUCAAAGGCGUCAUUGGCUCGUAACCAUCAAGGCAGUUUGCCAGAGGAAAUUGUCAAGCGAUUACGACACGACAAUCGCAAAGAAGUCAUGGGAAUGUUGAUGAUUGCUCGAGAAGAAAUCAUGGCCAAGCGGGACGACAAGAAUCAUCGACGCAACAAAUCGGAUGGUGCCUUUUUGACAUCAAAACGUAGUUGGGACAAGUCGGAAGAGCAACAUCAACAGGGAGUGGAGGUUCCAUACACCAAGGACGACGCGGAAUUGGUGUGGGUCUAG